CGGUUGCAGGCGGUCGCUGCCUGUCCAAGGAACAGGCACAUUUUGAAAAUAAAAAAAAGGGAGGGACUUUUAAAUAAAUUUUGCAUCAGUCAAUUUGCUUCCUUGCAGAGAACAACAGCAGCUAUAAAUGCCGAACAUUGACUUGCCUCCUGUGAAGCUUUUGCCGCAAUAAAAAUCCAUUUCGUUUUCUCUCCAGCUCCUCAAAGCUUCCGAGAGAAGAUUGCAGGCGCGAGAGGGUAUUUUUGCUAUCUGGAGUCAAAAUGCAUGUGGUCAGACUGGUUAAUGACCUGAUAAAACGAGGUGUUUCCUCGGUUGCAACCACUUUCCAUCCCUUUAGCGGCGCUGUUGAUAUCAUUGUUGUCAAGCAACAAGAUGGUACCUACCGGAGUACACCAUGGUAUGUGCAGUUUGGAAAGUUCCAAGGUGUCCUUAAAGGUGCAGAUAAGAUUGUGCGCAUUUUUGUCAAUGGUGUUGAAGCCAAUUUCCACAUGUACCUUGAUAACUCUGGAGAGGCCUAUUUUUUGAGAGAAGUUGUUCCGGGAAGUGAAGAGAAUGGUCAAGAUUCAAGUGAUUUCAGCUCUUUCAGAACUUGUGAGGAUGAUAAGGUCAGCAAUAUUGAGGGAGUGCAUGAGAAUGAGCAUAGUGAGAGCAAAGUUGAAGUUGAGGGUGACAGCCAAUCGCAUGGAUCCCAAGAUGAGCACUCACAUAUGCACAGUCCUUAUGGUUCUCCUGGGUAUAGCACCAACCAGUAUGAGAGAUUUGAUGAGGUAGAGGAGAAAUUUGUCAAAUCUACCAGAGAUUCCAAUUCAGAAAUGGUAUUGAUGAAUACAGAUGGACAUGGUAUUAGAGUACCGAUCUCUAUGGAGAAAAGGAAUGUAGGCAAUACCCAUUUAAGCACCCCUCAGGAACGUCCUGAUGGCAGAGGGGAUGUGUGUACUGCUGAUCUACAUUGUAAUUUGAAUACAUCUGAGGACAAGGACACCGGAGCUACUGAACAUCAAAAUGAAGACAAUGAAGCUAGCAUAGGAGUUCCUAUCUAUGGAUCAAAGGAAAAUAAUAUCAGAUAUGUUGACAAUGAAAGAAGUUUAGAGGUAAGAAUUUCAGGUUAUGAUGAAAAGCAUGACAUGUUGAAGAGUUACUCGGAUCUAGCUUUACAUAUUGAAGAAGAUGAUUCUCAGUAUGGGUGUAAGUCAGUCUUGGACUUAGAGAAGGAAGAAAAUUUUGAGGACAGUUCAUCUGCCACUGAUAUGAAGUUCAAGCUAAAGAAGAAAGAAAUAUUCAAGGACAACUCAUCUGUUCGUGAUAUAAAAUUGGAGGAAGCAGUGGAUGACCAUAAUUUGAGAGAUCAUGCAUCGAGUGCUUUUCCAAGUUCUGAUACUCGAAGCAGUCCAGAUAUGCAAGCUGUAGACACAGAACGAGGGGAUUUCAGGAACAAUAUGGGUGACGUGUCUCAGAGUAAUGAUGUUCAUCCCAAUGAUCAUACAUGCCUACAUGAUGCUGAGAGAUUGCUGCUAAUGAAUAUUGAACCUGAGGAUGUUGAAAAUAAAGUUGAUGAGGACUCCAGAGUUCUCACUGUCCAUUCAUUAAGUAGCAAAACGGAAAAUAAGGGUGUGCAAAUGGGGUUUACUGCAGGUUCAGAAAUGUCACCCGAAGCAGAGGAGUGCAACAAACCCGAUUCUGUGUCGAGAAGAAUCUAUCAGUCUGGUUUUGAGAUUUCAUUGUGUGGUAAUUUACUCGUGCCUGGUAUGGGGCAAAACUUGGCUAAAGAAAUCUUCCAAGCAUAUCAAAUAUCUGAGAAUGAGUUCAAGGUAUAUGGACAGGACAUCAUUAAGAAUGAGAACCUUGUUCUCAGGUAUGAUGAAAGGUAUUAUACGUGGAAUAAGGUUGCCCAUAUUCUUCUUGGGAUUACAUUAUUUGGUUCAGAGUUUUCAGUGGAUCCUGCUGAUUCAAUCCCUGUUGAACAUGUUGAAGUACCAAAUGAUAGACAGGAGUCACAUGGAAGCCCCCUUUCUACUUCCACCAGUAGGUGGACAUUGUGGCCAAUUUCUUUUAGGAGGGUAAAAUUGCUUCACCGUAAUGUCAGUGUUUCUUCAGAUGAUGAAGUUUUUGUUGAUUCGGCAUCUUCCUUUGAGAACCCACUUGAAGAACAAGCUGAUAUCGGUAGUAACCUAGCUCCUCGGAAGAGUUUUCUACGGACGAACAUACCUACUAAUGAGCAGAUUAUGUCUUUGGAUUUAAAAGAUGGUCAAAACACAAUUUCUUUCAGUUUUUCCCCCAGAUUUUUAGGAACUCAACAGGUGAAUGCACAUAUAUACUUGUGGAAGUGGAAUACAAGGAUAGUCAUAUCAGAUGUUGAUGGGACAAUUACCAGGUCUGAUAUCCUAGGCCAGGUUAUGCCUUUGGUUGGAAAGGAUUGGACACAGUCUGGGGUAGCGAACCUUUUUUCUGCGAUUGAGGAAAAUGGGUAUCAGCUGCUGUUCCUAAGUGCCAGAGCAAUUGUUCAGUCAUAUCUUACUAAGAGUUUUCUCGUCAACCUUAAGCAGGAUGGAAAAACACUUCCUACUGGACCUGUUGUAAUUUCUCCUGAUGGUUUAUUCCCCUCACUUUUCAGGGAAGUUAUAAGAAGAUCACCCCAUGAGUUCAAGAUUGCUUGUCUGCAGGAUAUUAGAGAGCUUUUUCCUCCUGAUUACAACCCAUUUUAUGCGGGCUUUGGCAAUAGAGACACGGAUGAGCUUACUUACAGGGCGCUUGGAAUACCAAAGGGGAAAAUAUUCAUCAUAAAUCCAAAGGGCGAAGUAGCACUCUAUAACUUCAUGGAUAUGAAAUCAUAUACUUCCUUGCACAAACUGGUCAAUGAUAUGUUUCCGCCAACUUCAUUACUUGAGCAGGAGGAUUACAACUCUUGGAACUAUUGGAAGCUGCCUUUGCCAAGCAUAGACUAGCCAAUCGCUGACAUUGUUUUUGGGUGCAAAAGCUUCAAAUUAUUAACUGCCUGCAUAUAUUCUAACUACAAAGUGCUUCAGUUCUAGAGAUGUAAUUUCGUAUAAGUGCAUGCGUGAAGGACGCCAACAAGUUCCUUGAUUUGUUCAUCAAAUGUUCUGUACAAUUUUGUAUACGACGCCUCGUCUCCCAUCAUUGCAGGAAUUUUGUUUCCCUUGAGUGUUUUCUCCACAAGGGAACUCCCAGGAAAUUUUAAUUGCAAUAUGUGAAAUGAGUUUCUACAGGCUUAGGUUGUAAACUGGAAUUUUUUUUAUUACAUACCUAAUAAAAUAAAAUUUCAUUUC